AUGCUCCAGUCGCUCGACCGCCUCGCCCAGCCAGCCCACACCCUCGCCCCCAAACGACCCCCCAACUCAUCCCCAGCAACCCAGCUGCUCAGCCCAACACCCAUCCCCCACUCAUCCCCAACGACCACCCAAUCCCAUGCACCCAAGCCACCCAGGCACAAGCGCCCCCCGUCCCCCCCCAUCCGCAUCCCCAUCCAGCCCGGACACUGCCUCGUCUUCGGCCGCAAGCCCGACAUCCCAUCGCUCGCCAGCGAGAUCGCCCCCAAGACAGCCAUCCUGCCCAUCACCCUGCCCAAGUCCUUCACACACGCCUCCCGCACACACUGUCUCUGCACGCUCAUCGCCCCCCCGCUCGGCGGACUCAACAUCCGGAUCGUCGUCAAGGGCCAGAACGGGCUGAUGGUCGACGGCGAGCGCUUCGAGGAGGGCUCCAGCGCCGGCGUCGAGCUCGAGCGCCGCGACGGCGAGCAGAUCGAGCUCGGCUUCUACGGCGGCAAGAAGGUCGAGUGCUACGUCAAGAUCGACGACCACAGCCUCCAGCGCGCACGCGCACGCCCGAACGCCCUCCCGAGCAGCACAAGUCCCAAGCACCCCCCUACCACCACCACCACCACCACCACCACCACCACCAACCGAGCCGGCAAACGAAAGCUGCCCGGCUCAUCAAACUCCCCCCUCAUCGCCGCCUCCAAACAGCAGCAACAACCAUUACCCUGUAAGCCAGACCCAUCACCAUCCUCAUCGCCAUCAUCCUCAUCGUCCCCCGCCACCAGUGCGGCCGUCGAAGACACAUCCAAGCUCCCACCCGACCGACCCAUCAUCAGCCCGCCGCCGGCCAAGAAGCUCUGUCUCUCCCCGAUCCCCUCGCCCCCCUACGACCGGCAGACCACCGACGGACUACCCCCGACCGGCGAGGAGCGCGAGCGCGGCGUGCGCGGCGUGAUGGAGGCCAUGGACCUCGACCUGCUCGGCCUCAUCGCCUCCGCCGUCGUCUUCUCCUCCCGGGCCACCGUCAGCACCACCGAGCUCAUCCGCGCCGUCCUCGACACCCAGCCCUCCCUGGCCGAAGCCGUCCUCGGCCUGCUCCCCGAGCCCCUCGACUCCCGCGACUCCCCCCGCCCUCCCCCGCCCCUCAACCACUCCAUCGCCGACGAGCUCGCACUCGGGCGCAAGAAGGAGCGCGAGUGUCUCUCCGCGCCGCUCCCCUCCCUCUACCCCUCCCCCGACGAGCCCCCGCCCGACGAUACCAAGCCCUUCGCUUUCAAACCCUCCCCCGUCCGCUACCCCGCCAGCGAGGCCGGGCCCUCCGACCGCUCCCCCGCCCCCGACUUCGUCGCCCCCGCCUCCGACUUCAAAACCGACCGCAUCGUUCUCGCUUGUCGCCCCGUCAUCCUCGAGACCCUUCGCGCCCAUUGGCGCCCCGACGGCUCGGGCAUGUUCGGCUGCGUCUCCAACGACGGGCUCAAGGACGCGUCCGGCGAGCCCCUCGAAGCCCUGUGGUACUACCAGCCCCAACACGACUCCGACGACGAGCGGCGCCUGAACCUGCAGCCGUACGUCCGACACGUCAGGCACACCCAGACCGUCUCCAAACAGUACUACUUCAAAAAAGUCCGCGGCUCGGGCCGCAGGAAGAGCUAG